GUAAACAAAAUUUUUCGUACUGUGGAUGACUUCCUUCCAAGAACCCAACUGAAGAUAGUGUUUUCUGCUGGCACAGUUUGUCUAGAAUACCCAAAUAGCAUCAAAAAAUUUUCCGAGAAAUAUAUCUUUGAAGAAGAUCAUAUAAGAUCUUACGUAAACCAUCUUUUGUGUCUUCAAAGGGCCAAAGAUAUCCGAACAAAUCAAAGAAAACGGGAUAAAGCCGAAGUAAAGAACAAAUCAUACGAAGAUCAUGACUGGAUUGAGUUAUCCUUAUCUCGCGACACUUUAAGGAAACUAACUGUUAGAGAACUUGAAAAAUAUUUAACCUUUCAUAAACCAUCAUUAAAUGGUCUGAAGAAUGACAAAAUUACCCGGAUAAUGGCACAUAUCAACUUUUCAAAUAACGGCUCCAACAUGCAUUCACAGUAUAAGAGUGUUUCUCAGAAUGACCACCAAGACGAAACAGAGAAAGGAGAUGGUGAAGAUGAUGAAGAAGACAGUGAAGAUGAUGAAGAAGACAGUAAAGAUGAUGAUAGUGAUGACAAAAUACUCGCUGUUUUUGGAAGUGACUCUGAAGAUGAAGAUUCUCAUGAAGAAAGUG